AUGGAGCCCUGCCCUAGGGCUCCUGGGAUCCAAGUCAGGCUACCUUCAGCUACCCUGGCGCCUGCGGCCCUCGGGCGGCCGAACCCCAGCAGCGGUAGUGUCAGCAGCGCCUCGGCGCGCUGCUCCUCAAGCCCUGCGCUUGCUGUGGCAGGUUUGACUGCUACAGCCUGCCUGGCCAGACGUCGCAGCCGACAAGCGCUCCAAGGCACUGUGGCAAAGCGGCCGGGAGAUGCUGAGACACCAGACAAUGCCAUUGAGGAGUGGUUGCUGAGCUUAGAGCUCCCGACUCCCCUGAAGCCCGUGUUGGGCAGCUCGGCAUGGGCCAGUUUUGCGGCGUCGCUCGUGCAGAUGUUCGUGGUUGCGGGCCUGUCGGGCCUUGGCACCUUCAUUGAGCAGGGCGAAUCGCCUGCCUUCUAUGCACAGAAAUACCCAGACACCUCCGGGGUGAUUUUGGCCUUAGGCUUUGACCACAUGUACAGCUGCCCUCUCUUCCUGGGUUUGCUCGCGUGGCUUGCCGCAUCGCUUGUUGCAUGCACGGCCACCACCCAGCUGCCGCUGGCAAAGAAAGCACAGCGAUUUAACUUCCGCUCCGCCAAAGCCAUGAAGCGCAGGGGUUCGUUCCUCAUGCAGAUCAACUGUCCUGCUGCAGACGUCGAUGUCCUGGCCACUUCCAGCAAGCUGGAGCAACUUCGUAGCGAGUUGAAGCAGCGGGGCUUCAUUGUCCGCUCAGAUGAUGAGAACAGCCCGACACAGCUGGCAGCAUCCAGGGGCCUGCUGGGCAAGUUUGCGCCGAUGGUGGUACAUCUUGCGCUCCUUCUCAGCCUGGCUGGCAAUGUAGUGGGCCUGGUCUUCGGUGCCUCCAGCGAGGUCAUGAUUGAAGACGGUGGCAGGGCGGACCUUGGCAGAGUGCUGGAAGCCGGGCGCAGGGCCAAGGGGCCUCUGUACGACUUCCUCAGCCCUACGAAAGGGCUGAUGGAUGCCAUCGACGUCAAAGUGGAAGACUUCCGCAUCGAGUACAAGGACGAUGGCACAAUCGAUCAGUUUUUUUCGAAGCUAGCCAUUGAAGACUCGAAGACCAGCGAGAGGCUUUACAGUGACGAGAUAUUUGUGAACAAGCCGCUGCGCUUUGGAGGGGGAACGAUCUACCAGGCGGACUGGGGCAUCGAUAGGCUGCAAAUGUACUUGAAUGGCUACCCCAUCGUGGUGCCGUGCAAAAGCUUACCACCUGACAAGGGCGAGCGAUCGUGGGCAGCAUUCCUUCCACUGGAGCUUGUGACAGCAGAGAACCCCACGACGGUGAAGCAAAUCACAAAGCCGAAGGAAGGAAUCGUCCUGGUCCUCAACAACAUGCGCAACGUCCAG